GCCGCCGCUGCGCUUGUAGCGUCGUGCGUCCUAGCGGGUUGGUGCACUGCAGUGUGUGGAGUGUUGUUGUGUGUGCGUUUUCUAUCAAGCAUCGCGCGUUUCCGCUGAGAUAGCGAGCCAGAAGGACUGCAUGCUGCAUGUUGUGCGCGGCGUGAGAAUAUGGCCGUCGGUGGUCGCCAGCAGCAGCGGCCGACGCUCGUCGCCGCAUGCCUGGCGUUGUGGUGGUGCUUGGCGAUAAUACGCACGGAUAUCGUCGCUGGUGCGUCCGACUCGCGACAAGCCGAAACACAACCUGCCACCGAGUUUAGCAAACACGCCCAACUCAAGCCUAGAAUUUAUCACGGGAGAGAGAAAAGACAGAUUGCGACUACACGCGAAGAGACUGGUGAGCAUGUGCACCACAUAACGGUGGACUACGACCUCGACGACGAGAACUACAUUCUCGACCUGCGGCUCAACGAGGCGCUGCUGCCGAAGGGCUACUUCCUGCGCACGCAGGCGAAUGGCGGACACGUGAUAAACCGCCCGAAUCGGGCGGACGUUGAGAUGUGUCAUUAUCACGGCAAUGUGCGUAAUCGGCCCAACUCCUGGGCGGCGUUGUCAACCUGCAAUGACACACUGCGAGGGGUGGUCUUCGACGGCGCAGAAAUGCAUUAUGUUGAGCAUCAUGAUGGGGAACAGCGCGCGUACAAGCAUGCAGAUUAUGCACCGCUGCACAACCGUACCUGUGGUUAUUCAGGUGGUAAUCAUGAGCAUGAACAUGAUCACUCCGUGCUGGAUAAUGAACAUUUCAAUAGGAUGUUACGGUAUAAGAGAAGCACGUCGGAAACGCUGGUACGGGGACCAUACAACGCCAAUAAACAAUCGCGCUACGUGGAGCUGGUGCUGGUCGUCGACAACAGACAGUUCAAGGAGCUGGAUGAGAACGUGAAGGUCGUCGAACAACAUUGCAAGGAUAUUGCCAACACUAUCAAUGCUUUAUAUUCGCCGCUCAAUAUUUACAUAGCGCUUGUGGGUGUUGUUGUCUGGACGGAUUUCGACGAGAUCGUCUUCUCCUCCAACGGCGACAUUACCCUGACGAACUUUCUCCAUUAUCGACGCGAGAAACUCAUCAAGGAACACCCCAACGAUAAUGCUCAAUUACUCACCAAAUUUACGUUCGAAAACGGUGUCGUCGGUAAAGCACUCAAGGGCCCAAUUUGCACCUAUGAAUACUCUGGGGGUGUGAAUACGGAACAUUCGAAUGUUCUCGGCUUGGUUGCCACUACGGUGGCGCACGAGAUGGGGCAUAAUUUCGGUAUGGAGCAUGAUACCAAUGAGUGUUCUUGUGCGGAUGAGCGCUGCAUCAUGGCGCCUAGCAGCUCAACAGUGCCGCCGACGCAUUGGUCUACUUGUAGUUUGGAUUAUUUAGCGCUGGCAUUUGAACACGGCAUGGAUUACUGCCUCCGAAACAAGCCGGCGAGGCUUUUCGAUUCACCUGUGUGCGGAAAUGGUUUCGUCGAACCGGGAGAGCAGUGUGACUGCGGUCUGCCGGAACACUGUGAUAACACCUGCUGCAACGCCACCGCUUGCAUGUUGUACGCGAAUGCCAGCUGCGCCACUGGCGAGUGCUGUGAUCUUUCUACUUGCAUGCCGAAGAAUGCUGGGACAAUGUGCAGAUCGGCUGAUUAUGAAUGUGACCUGCCUGAGUAUUGCACCGGGCAGAGCGAAUACUGCCCCGAUGACAUUUACAAAAUGGACACCGAAUCCUGCGACGGCGGCAAAGCGUAUUGCUAUCACGGCUUCUGUCGCACGCGCUCCGAUCAAUGCAAACUGCUCUGGGGCAACACGGGCAAGUCCUCGGACGAGCAGUGCUACAAAAUGAACACAAAGGGCACCCGCCAUGGAAAUUGCGGCUACAAUAAACUCAAUCAAUCAUACUCACGAUGUAACGACGAGAACGUUUUGUGCGGAAUGCUGCACUGCAAACAUUUGAAUGAGCGGCUCGAAUUCGGCAUGGAGUCGGUCGCCAUAUUGUCGCACAGUUUCAUCAACCUCAAAGGUUCCAUUAUCCCGUGUCGAACGGCGAUUGUGGAUCUCGGAUUGAAUCAAGUUGAUCCCGGUCUGGCACCUGACGGCGCCAUAUGCGGGGAGGGAAAGAUGUGCGUCAAUCAAAAGUGUAUGGCGGUGGAUUCUCUGCGGACUUCGAUUGGAGGCUGUCCGAAUGAUUGCAAUGGCAACGGUGUGUGCAACAGUAUGGGACAUUGUCAUUGUAAAAAUGGUUUUGCUCCGCCUGAUUGUGAUUAUCCCGGUCCGGGAGGAUCGUCUGAUAGUGGACCAGCUGAAGAUCCUAAUAGUCACCGCGGUUUUGUGACGGCGAUGUUUAUCUUCUUCCUUGGCGUCGUGCCGACGAUAGCGCUCUUCAGUUUCGUCGUCUACUACAUGAAGCACAAUGUGGGCGGGACGCUCACCUGGAAGAAAUCGCCCGCAACGCAAAAGUCGCCGCCGAAGACGCGCAGCCCGCCGUUUUCGCCCGAAAGUCCGAAGAAGUCGGCCGAGGAUAAUCACUCGCUGCUUUCGUCCGAAAAUCCACAGGACGAGUUUUUCGGUCAGUUCAAAGGCUACACACUCACACCCAUUAAGAAAGUCCCAGCGAAGACGGAGGAUAAGCCUUUGGGGGUCGUGCGUCCGGCACCACAAGUUCCCAAAGUAGCACCGGUUAAGCCUAAUGUUAAAAAAGUUCACACUGUAAAAACUCCGCCGCCUCCAGUUGGAAACAUGGCAGCAGCGAAUGUGUCUGCAACUACUUCGGAGCCGCCUGCCUUACCACCACUUAAUCCGGGUGCUCAUCCUAGACCUAUUAUAUCUUCUCCAACGCUGCAAAAUUCAACUUGUACUGCCAAGGAACUGAUUAGUCCUUUGCGAAAUGCACCGAAGGUGCCACCUUCGGUGGCUACCAUUGAUGCUGCGGUUCCUCACAGGCAAGCUCCGGCUCCCCCACCGCAGGUAUCGCCGAAAGUUGAACAUCACCCUACGCCACAUGUUACUUUUGCGCCGUCUCCUACACAACAACAUUCACCGCCACCAGCCAAAGAGAAGAAAACUACAACUUUGAACAGAAUCGCGUCGUUUUUGAAACCUGAGAAGAAACCUCCGAAGACACCCAAAUCAUUCAUUGAAAAAGAUCUGCGCAGUGUUGAUAUUUCCGGACCGAUUCCCCAAAAUGAACGUCACACCCCCGAAAAGCCUGUUACAAGAGCUCAGAGCAUGAAAGCCACUGAACCAUUGACUAAACCAAAAUUACAAAGUUUUGGAUCGAUGCGUGAUCCUUCGAAACGACCUGUAAGUAUGGUUGGAUCUAGACCCAAGAGUCCGCCACCACCGGCCCCAAGUGUACCUAUUGCAACCAAGCAAGACAGGCCACAAAGCCCACCAGCUAAAAAUAAAAUUCAAUCACAGUACCAGAAUCAGUACGAUGAUUGUUUGACUGCUCCGCUUGCACGUAGCGAAAGCACGUCGCCAUCAAACGAUAAUAUUUACGCUGUCAUUGAGGAUUCUCCCACAUCUCCGGCUUCUUUGAAAUCUCCUCAGUCGCCACCAUCAAAAAACACAAGCCAUUCGACGAGCAAUGAAAGUUUUGGUUUGCUGGGCGAAAUUGUCAAUGAAAUACAAAAUAGAAACUUUGAUUCUAUUUAUUCUACGUCUACUUUGGCUCGCAAAAAGAAGGAAAAGGAGAGGGCACUCGCCGAAGCUAACAAAGAGAGUGGUCCAGUGUAUGAGAACACACAAAGCGUUAGCGAUGAAACUGAAAGCGUGGGUACAGCUGAGGGUGAGUACAGCAAUAUGAAUCGUGGAUAUGAGAAUUCUGCAAGUAGCACUUCAAGUGGAUACAUCCACCCGUCAGCAGUAAAUAGACCCAAAUAUGAAAACCCAAUAGUCACACCAAAAGCUCCAACGGCGACUGUAGAAGCUAAACCUUUGUCGACAUUCAAGAAACCCUCAACAACUACUAUAACUCCGGUUAGAGAUGCACCCAAAACAUCGACUGCACAAGCUACUCCUACUCCCAUUGUUAAGACAACACCUACUCAAGUCACCCGACAGAUUACGCCUACGAAUCUAAAAACUCGCAAGGCGUCACCCACACGACCCAAAAACACGCCCACAGCGACAUCUACACCCUCAACAGUUGCAUCCAAACCACAAACAAGUGUUAAGCCAAAUGUGGCCGUGACAAAACCAGCGACUUCAACGAAACCGGUGAUUUCCGGUCCAAAGGGUUUAAAAACCACGUCGAACAGCCCCGAUUUGGUCAGUUGUUCAACGCCUCCAAAGAGCGCCACUCAAAAGGCACCACCCGAUGUGCUCAACAACAGCAACGCCGCUAAGAAGCCUUUACAAACAAAGAAAGCCAACGCUAAAAACACGCCUUUGGUAGCUACCACGAAUGGAGGCGCGACGAACGUCGCCAACGGUGCGGUAAGCUCCGCUUCCGCAGCGAAAGGUAAAGUCUUUCCCAUUAAGAAUUCGAACGUCGCGUCGUUACAACAGAAAUUCGAGAACAAGACGUAGCAGCACACUGCGCGACUAGAGUUACUUGAACGUAAUACAUGUGAUAUAUGAUUAAUUAUCGAUUAAUUUAAUUGCAAUUAGUAUUAUUUACGUUUUGCGUUUGUUAUUAUCGGCAGGCAGCUUUGUGUUCAUUUUCAUUUCUAUAUCAUUCAUAUCAUCAUCAAAGUCAUACGCAAUUUUCCCGCGGUCGCUCGAGUUAUAUACCAAAGAUGCUUGUUAUACAAAAUAUAAAAUACAAACACUUUUCUUUCAGUACGUACGAACGAACGAAAAUGAUUCUUUGACAGUUGACGUAAAAUUGUAAAUGUUGACUUUCUUUGAUUGUGUACAUACAUUUUUUUAAGAUAUUUUAUGACUACAUAAAAGUUCUGUAUAAUAUAUAUUUAAAUCGA